AUGGAACCAGGACCUGUUGUUGAUAUAAACAAGUUACGAUACUUGACAAAAUCACUUCCACAAUCUCCAAGGCUAAGAAAUUCUAUUGACUUUUCUGAUUUUGCAGCAAAGAAUUUUGAAAAAUCAACUGGAGUAACACAACCACCCAAGAAAGAACAUGUUCGAAAACAAUCAAAAUGGGUUUACAAUGAAGUUCAAAGAAAUUCAAUCAACUUUGGUAUCAGUGUAGAGGAUAUGAUUGCUUAUCAUCAGCAAAAAAAGUUUGAGCAGUUGAGAAAUGAAGAUGUUCAGCAUGGUUCUGUUAAUGUUGGGCAAAAUAAAGAGAAUCAUGACCCUUUUAAUGAACAACCAGCUUUGAAAAGCCCAUUUGCUAUUCCAAAAAAUAGUCCACAGUUUGAAAGAGCUGAGAAUUUACCAAGAAUACCUAGAAUAGCACCACCAAGACCAAAGACACGCCCUCCCACCUUGAACAUUGGUACACCAUCUGGAAUAGAGUUUGCAUCUGCAAAUAGAACACCACCAGCUCCACCAGAAGAGAAGAAAGAGACAGAGAUAGGAACACCAACAAGACCACAACAACAUCAUAUGGAAGACAGUCAAGCGUUGACAAGAAGUUCAAGUUCCAAAAUUUUGAAAAGGAAAAGCUCAGCGUCUUCUAAACAUAACAGCUUUAUUGACACCGGUGAUUUCAAGUCAAAAUUAUCACCAUCCAAUCUUAGAAGACGGUCUAGUCAAGUUUCAUCAAGGUCUUCCUUGAAUUCUAGACCUAACUCAAUUCCAACACAGAGAGAAUGUCAUAGCGUUGAGGAGACACUCUUAGCAGAUGAAGAAUUCAAUGAUUAUACUGUACCAUCACUCAAAUCAAGAACAAGUUCAUAUUUUGCAAAGACUAAUGAGUUCAAUUUUGAAAAACCAUUAUCAAGAACCUCAAGCUUAGGAAGCUUUCGAAGUCCAGAUCUCAAUAGGAGUUCAUCAUCUCAGUUCAAAACUUUACCAACUAGUCCAAAGACUCCAACAAGGCAACCAAGACAACGACACAGUGUUUCAGAUUUCCAAAGAACUGACGAGUCAUCGCCAGGAUUGAGAAGCACCAGAUCAUUUUCAACAAAUGAUACGUUUGGCUCAAGUCCAGUGAGGUAUAGUCCUAGAAUGUCGUUGAGGACUAGCAUGUCUGAUCUCAAAGCUUCACCGAUCGAGAAAAUUUCUGAACAUGAGAUCUUGCACUUUGGUUCGCCACAAUGA